AGAAUAUUUUCAACGUGCCGUAUGAUUCGUAGUAUAUUAAAUUAUUCUGUGUGAAAGUCUUGAUUUUUCGCUUUGUAAACUCCACCGGAAAACAACCCAAAUCUCAUCGGAGAUUUCGAUGCAAAAAAAGCAAUUAUACGUAUGAAUGCUUAACAAAAAUCAGUUGAUCACUACUGGAAGUAUUAACAGAGUUGGUUCUUGAUCUUUAUUUUUCUCCUGGUUAAUCCAUGGCAGCAGCUGCUAGUUCAAUUCUUGCCGGGAACCUAAUCAUUCCAAAAGAGAAAACCCCAAACGCAGGGUUUUUCUGCAACAAACAAUGGAGUUUCUGUAAAAAGAGCGCAAUGAAGCUAGAGCUAACCAAAAUGAGAGCAGCGGCAACUGAGAUAAGCGCGGAGGAGGUGAAGGGCUUGGAAGGUAAGUUGGGGUUGGAUGCAGUGUCUGAGGGGGAGCUGAGGGAGAAAGGGUUUUUGGGAAUGAGGAAGACGAAGCUGGUGUGCACCAUUGGGCCUGCGUGUUGCUCGGAGGAGGAAUUGGAGAAGUUGGCCAAGGGAGGCAUGAAUGUGGCUAGGUUAAAUAUGUGUCACAGCACAAAGGAAUGGCACCGGGACGUUAUUAGGAAGAUCAAGAAGUUGAAUGCGGAGAAAGGAUUUUGCAUUUCGGUGAUGAUUGACACUGAAGGUAGUCAGAUUCAUGUACUUGAUCAUGGUGCUUCAUCUUCUAUCAAAAUUGAGGAAAGUUCAAUUUGGCUAUUUACUGCUCGAAAACUCAAGGGACCGUGUCCGUUCACAGUUCAAGCAAACUAUGAAGGUUUUUCUGAAGGUAUUGAGGUUGGGGAUGAACUUGUGAUUGAUGGUGGGAUGGCAAGCUUUGAAGUGAUUGAAAAAAUUGGGAAUGAUUUGCGUUGCAAGUGUACUGAUCCCGGUAUCUUCUUACCACGGGCUAAAUUCAGCUUUUGGAGAAAUGGGAAACUUGUAGAAAGGAAUUAUGAACUCCCUACUUUGUCAGUAAAGGAUUGGGCAGAUAUAGAGUUUGGAAUUUCAGAAGGUGUAGAUUUUAUAGCCUUGUCAUUUGUAAAUGAUGCUGAUUCAAUCAAGCAUCUGAAGGACUACCUUUUGUCCAAAUCAACCGAAUCUAUAAGAGUAUUAGCCAAGCUUGAGAGCUUGGAAUCUCUUCAGAAAUUGGAAGAAAUUGUGCGUGCAUGCGAUGGAAUUAUGGUUGCUCGGGGUGACCUUGGUGUAGAAAUCCCACUUGAGCAGAUUCCGACAGUUCAAGAGGAAAUAACUUAUGUUUGCAGGAAACUAAACAAGCCUGUUAUUGUUGCUUCCCAACUUCUUGAGUCAAUGGUUGAAUACCCAACGCCAACAAGAGCAGAGGUGGCAGAUGUUUCUGAAGCAGUUCGGCAGUACGCGGAUGCUCUUAUGUUGUCUGGUGAGUCAGCAAUUGGAUCUUAUGGACAUAAGGCUCUCUCUGUUUUGCAAAUGACCAGCAGUCGGAUGGAACUGUGGAGCCGUGAGGAAAAUUGUCAGCCUCUCUUUGAUCAGUGUCAACUUGGUGAAUCUCUGGCUGACCGCAUUUCUGAGCAGAUAUGUAACUGUGCUGUUGAAAUGGCAAACAAGCUUGGUGUGGAUGCCAUUUUCGUGUACACCAAGCAUGGACAUAUGGCAUCACUCCUGUCCCGAAACCGCCCGUACCCUCCAAUUUUCGCGUUUACUAACGAGAACAGCACUCGGAUGGCCCUUAAUUUGCAAUGGGGAGUUAUUCCCUUCUUCACUGGUUUGUCAAGCGACAUGGAAGCUAACAUCUCGAAUUCCAUCGAUCUUAUGAAAUCAAAGGGGGUGGUGAAACAAGGAGAUGCUGUCUUGGUGGUCUCAGAUUUGACUCCGACUGAUGCAACACCAAAAGCCUUCCAAUCAAUCCAGAUAAAGACUAUUAUGUAAGAAGAUGUACAUACAUAUUUAUUACGUGUAUGUACGUGUUGAAGCUGAGAAGUGAAAUUAGAGUCCAGGGAAGGAGAGAGUGCACAGCCUGAUGAAGUAUAUUUUUAUAUAUGGUUCUUGUUCUUGCUCUGCCGUAACUGCUCUUGUUGGUUUAUUAGAUUAGCCUUUAGGUGAUUUUGGCUUCAUUUGUCACUCGAAGAAUAUGCAUUCGUUGCUUGCUAGUACUGUUGAAAACGUGUUCUAUUCAAGUAUUAAAUGUAAUAUUAAAUUAUGUUA